CAGGGCGGGUCUUGUUUAUAUAACAGUAAAGUCUUUCCGCCAGUGCUUUUCUAUUUCACUUCUGCCGCACAGCACGCAUAACAAUAAUGUGGAAGAUUGUUUUUGUUUUACUUUCAGCUCUUUUAGCUGUGGAGGGGUCUUUGGUUGGUGGCGCGACAGAUAUAGACAUCCACAGUGACGGUGUCCAAAAUGCGCUGAACUUCGCUGUCGCCCAACACAACAGAGGAAACAACGACAUAUUCCUCCGUAAAGCAGCUGAAGUGGUCAAGGCUCAGGUUCAGGUGGUGGCAGGCUUGAAGUACAUCCUAACUGUGAAGAUGGUAAAGACCUCCUGCAGAAAGAACACUUUAAAUCAAGUGUGCGACGCCCAAAGGCUGCCAGAUAAUGCUGCGUCUUACCAGUGCAAAUUCACCGUGUGGAGCCGCCCUUGGAUCAAUGACAUCAGGGUGACGGAAGAGAAAUGCUAGAAAGGAAACUUCUCAGCACUGUUUGUAGAGCAAACUUCAUGUAACAUCUUUCUUUUAGAUUAAUUAACAUAGCCAUCACAGGAAAUCUUUUCUAUAUUACUUUCUGUUUCUCACCUCAUUGAGAUUCUGUUUUUAGGAAACUUACUAGCUCCAACAGGGAAAAAAUAAAUACAGCAUUAAAUUGUUUAUUUCACUUGUAAUCUCUACACAGUUUUAAAAUAAAGUUGCUUUGGAACUUUUAUUAAUGUCUAAAUGUAAUUAUUCUAAAUAUAUUCUUUGUUUGCACUGUACACAUUAUGUUGGACAGUAAUGUGGCAUGGAAAAUAUCAUCAAAUUGUUUGAAAUAAAGUUCCUCUUGGAUUGUUUUUGAAAGUC